AUGGUAGAGGUGUUGACGGGUAUCGGCAGGGCAUGCUUCCGUAUCCAGAAGGGCUGCUCCAAUGUUCCCGCGUCAGAGUGGAAUUCGUUGGAUGGGAAUGCGACCCGGCCGGAAAGGAAGAAGGAAAACGGAGAACCGGCGUUCGAUCUGUCUGGAAUGCUUCCGCCGAACGAAGUGGUGGACACGGCGCUCGGGCUCGCUUUCGUCGCGUUCGAUCGGGUCGGGAACCUGGCUCCUCUACGACCCGUCGAGUGGGCCAUCGAGGGAAGGCGCGUGGUGAUUCCUUACACGGGUCUGGAAAUUCCGCUCGGAGUGACCGUGAGGCUGACCGAGGGCAUCGCGACCGGGCUGCAAACUGCGAUUCGGCACGGAGAAGCAACGUUGAGGAAAGAAGGAAGAACCUUUAUCGUUACUGCUCCCGUCUUACUUAAAUUGGCUCAAUUCAACUACACCCUGGAAUUUCAAGCCCUGUUCCUGAAUUUCCGGGGAAAAGUGCGGGCAGAUGUCGACGAUAUCCUGGUCGACAUGGAGGCCCGCAUGAGCAUCGAACUCCCCCACGCGCGGAGCGUGGAGAUCUCCAAGUUCGAGAUCCUCAACGUCGAGGGAAUGAAGGUUCGGCUGGAAGGCAGCGAAGCGAGUGGCGUCAACAGAUUUCUCGACAUCGUGGUGAGGCAGGCGCGUCGUCUCUUCCCGGAGGUCGUGCACGACUUCUUGGAGCCGAUCGGAAAGUAUGCUUUAGAAAAGAGCUGCGAGAUGGGAUUCCAGAUGCUCAAUAAACUUGAUCGUUGA